AUGCCUGCUGCUACCGGCACUAAACGCGUCAAGGGCGUUUCCGUCUACAGACCAUUCGUCUUCGGCAGCGAAGCCUACCCCUUCGACCCCGAGAACAAACCCGCCAACGCUCCCCCAGACCACACCCACCAAUGGCGCGUCUUCGUCAAGGGCGUCAACGGCGAAGACAUAACCUACUGGCUGCGCAAAGUGCAAUUCAAGCUCCACGAAACCUAUGCCCAAUCAGUGCGCACAAUCGAGCAGCCGCCCUUCGAAGUUACGGAGACUGGAUGGGGAGAAUUCGAAAUUCAGAUAAAGCUGUAUUUUGUGCCUGAAUCGACUGAGAAGCCGCAGACGCUGUGGCAUAGUUUGAAGCUCCAUCCGUACGGAGAUGAUAUCGAGGGGAAGCGAGAACGAAGAGAGAAGGUUGUCAGUCAGAAUUACGAGGAGGUUCUCUUUAACGAGCCUGUUGAGCAGUUUUAUGAUAUUCUGACUGGUGGUGGGAAUCCGCCGAGUCAGCUAAGUAAGGGGAAGAGUGGAAAAGGAAAGCAAGCCUUGACACAAAGUGGUGCUGGGAGAACUGCAGAGAUUCCGGACAGCGAUAGUCCUGGUAAUCCGUAUAGCAAGGCGACAGAGAAUGCAGAGUUGGAAAGACUGGGUAAUGCCAUGAAGACGGUUGACCAGAUGAUUAAAGAGGAGAAGGAUCGACUUGUGGAGAGGGAGAAGAGGUUGGCAGAGUUGAAGGAGACCGAGGGCGUGCCGGCAACGACGAAGAAGAAGUGA